CCCCGGCGCUCCGCCGAGCAUCCCCCGCUCCGCCGCCGCGGCCGCCUCCGCGCCUCCCCGCUCUGGGGACGGGACCGGGCCCGGGGCUCUCCCCGCCCCUCCGCCGCCUCCCGGUGCCGCACGCAGCCCCGAGCCGCCCCUCGGCGCCCGGCCCCGGCCAUGUCGAUGCUGCCGUCGUUCGGCUUCACGCAGGAGCAGGUCGCCUGCGUGUGCGAGGUGCUGCAGCAGGGGGGGAACCUGGAGCGCCUGGGCCGCUUCCUCUGGUCGCUGCCGGCCUGCGACCACCUGCACAAGAACGAGAGCGUCCUCAAGGCCAAAGCGGUGGUGGCCUUCCACCGGGGCAACUUCCGCGAGCUCUACAAGAUCCUGGAGAGCCACCAGUUCUCGCCCCACAACCACCCCAAGCUGCAGCAGCUCUGGCUCAAGGCGCACUACGUGGAAGCCGAGAAGCUGCGCGGGCGGCCGCUGGGAGCCGUGGGCAAAUACCGGGUGCGCCGAAAGUUCCCCCUGCCCCGCACCAUCUGGGACGGCGAGGAGACGAGCUACUGCUUCAAGGAGAAAUCGCGGGGGGUGCUGCGGGAGUGGUACGCGCACAACCCCUACCCCUCUCCCCGCGAGAAGCGGGAGCUGGCCGAGGCCACCGGGCUCACCACCACGCAGGUCAGCAACUGGUUCAAGAACCGGCGGCAGCGGGACCGGGCGGCGGAGGCCAAGGAGAGGGAGAACACGGAGAACAACAACGCGGCCACCAACAAACCCAACCAGCUCUCCCCUCUGGACGGGAGCAAACCCCUCAUGUCCAGCUCCGAGGAAGAAUUUUCACCGCCGCAGAGCCCGGAUCAGAACUCGGUCCUCCUGUUGCAGGGGAACCUCGCUCACGGCAGGAGCUCCGCGUACCCGCUGAGCUCCCUGCCCGCCCCCCCGGGCACGCACAGCCUCCCGGGCCAUCAGCUCCAGGACUCGCUGCUGGGGCCGCUCACCUCCAGCCUGGUGGACCUGGGCUCCUAAAGGGCUCCACUCGCAGACACGGACUCUCGGUUGUACAUAGCGGACGGUGAUCCUGAACGUGACUUCGGCUCUUCUCCACGGUCUCAGCUCCAGCCAAACGCAGAGAGCGGCAGAAAGCCCUCAGCCUUUCGAGUUCAAGUGAGCGGGAAUUACAACAACAGAAAGAGAAAUGAAAGGGGAGAGGGGGGGGGGAAAAAAUCCAACCCCGAACCUCAGAUCCCCAUUGCGCCCCAUAAAUCCCAACUGAUGCGGCCCAGAGGCAGAGGGAGCACAGGGCCCUUUGUGGCAGCAGGAGGAGGGAGGGGAACUUUUCGUUUACAUUUCUUUUUUUUUUUUUCAUAUUUAGCUUCACCGGAAGGAUUUCGAUGUAGUUUAAAAUUAAAAAAGAAAUAUAUAUAUAUAUAUAUAUAAUUAGGAAGCGGCAGUAUGAGGGUUUUACCAAGUGCCUAUGUCUUAACGCGGCGGUGCUGCUCCCCCACCGGGACACGCAGCGAUUCGGCUUCACAUUAGGACAAGAACAACAGCGAAAAUAAAUGCGGACGGCCCUUUCCUUCUGCACGAGCGUCUCUCUCUGUCUGCCCACCCCCUCCAACCCCCAGCUCUGCCUCUCAGUAAGCCCGCAGCUGUCUGCCUCGAGUCUGUGUUACCGACCUCGCGUGUGCUUUCAGGUUUCUUUUCUAUUGUACUCAAACAGCCGAAAUUAAACACCGCUGAUGGCAGAACCCCGA